AUAGGGAGAAGUGCAACGUCUCUUCAAGGACGUUUCAGCAUUUCUCAAGACAGCGAUUUCAUGCUCCAUGAGCCAGCUAGUCAUGAGGACGUCUAUGCAUACGAAUAUAAAGACGGCCCAGGUCCCAACUGCAAACAUCUCGCCUUUGAUCUUAAAGGUGGGCCCAAAAGCCCCUGGAACGAUAAAGUCAUUGGCUUGCUCCUUGAAGAAUUGCAGAGAAGGGGUGACCAAGAGAGCUGGCCAUUCCGAAGAUCAGAGGUGUAUUUUAGGGAAGUUCUUCAAGACCGCUACAAGCGCCUGCGUACAGUCUGGACAGCUGCACAACCAAAGGUUACAGCAAAGGGCAGAUUGGAGACUCCUGCAGAGGUGGAACAGAGGCUAAUCACGAAGAAAGAUGAGGCUUUGAAAGUGACUCAUCAGACAACGCGUCGAAAAAAUAAACAUCUUCGCAGAGUUACGGUUCUUAACCAUCUCGUUAAGUACAAGACCGACAAGAACGAGGAAGACCUCCCGGCCUGGCAGUGGCUUCAGCAACUGGUCAGGACGUUAGGAGAAGGCGGCAUGAGUUCGGAGGAGAGUGACGUCGAAAACGAUAUCGAGACAGUUCUUCGUGUCAAGAACAUGACUUGGCGCCGUCCGAAUCGAACAGGAAUUGGAUAUUAUUGA